CUGCGCAUGCUCCCUGCAUCCCUUACAUCUGUUCAGGAUUUGAAGCCUCGGCUGAAGAUGCUCUCAGCGUCUCGGGUUCGCUGGUCGCUUGUCACCGGGUGAACACUGACUCAUCUGGAGAAACACAGACAAGGAGGAGACGGUACAACAUUUACCCAAAGGCUCCCGCUUGCUUCCCGGAUCUUUCUUUUCCUCUUCAACAUGGAGCUGAAGAAAUCUUUGUCGGACACGGAGCGAGCGCUCCGCAGCUACGGCGCCGUGUCGGAAACGGCGUGGACGACGGACAAAGGUCACUCAGAUGUGUCCAUGGCUGAGAGCACCAUGUCUCCGGAAGAGAUCGAGGUGGAGAUGGCUCGCAUUCAGCGCCUGCGGGAGGUCCUGGUGCGCAGGGAGUCAGAGCUGCGUUUCAUGUGAGUGUGUCUUUCUCUGUGUU